AUGAAUUCCAUGUUAAAAGUGUACAAGAGCAAAGUGAUGAAGACCCUCAACCCUGAGUAUGAGGAUGAAACUGCAGAAGAGGUCACAGAGGUGGAGAACGAUGUUAGUCCGGUUCAGGAGGAUGAGGGGCCAAACGCAGUGUCCCAGUUGGCCAAGAAAAUGCAGGGGGCGGGGACUAAAAGCUGGAAUAGACUAUCAGCUCUCUUCAACAAAGAAGAUGAACACCAACUUUUAGAGGAGACAGAGAGCCUACCGGUCGCCGACCAUCCACUUGCAGUGAAGCCAGAGGAGCCUCCUCCUCGACCCCCCAGGCGCUCAGCAUUCUGGGAUAGCUUUGCAGCUAACUGGGCAGCCAAGAAGCAGGCGGAAGCUGCAGCUGCUGCAGCCGCAACAAACGAGGCAACAGCAGUUCAGGGCGAGGAGGGGGCAACAGAGGCCGGAGGGGAGGUGAAGGCCUCUCAGGAUGGGCAGACCGCUGAGGGAGAGCAGAGCCAAGGAGGAGAAGGAGGGGGAGGAGGGAGGAGCAGCAACAACAGCUUCUCCAAAUACGUCUCACUGGGAGGAGGAGGAGGUGGAGGAGGCAGCGAGGCGUCCUUUAAGUGGAACUUUGUCACCAGUAAGCUGGCGGAGCUGAAGAGCAAGAGCAACUGA